GAAAAGAGUGCAGAUGAAAACAGUAAAAUCUAAGAGAAUAAAUAAUAAAUAAAGUCGUGCAACAAUUUAGAAUUGCUUAUGAAAAAUAAUUAAUCCAUAAACAUAUAAAUUGCAAAUGGAUUGCGACGUGGAAACUGUUGCCAGUGCCGGCGUUUCUGAUGCUGCUGAAGCUGCAGAGACAACAGCAAAAACAACAACCACUGAGACAGAUGCAAACACUGGGGAGGCAACUAAACAACAAAGUGCAACAGCCAAAAGCACUGAAGAUGAAAAUAAAAGCGAGGUAGCAGCAACUGCGAAGGAGUCUGUGGGCGAAGAAGUCAAAGAAGAAAUAACCAAAAGUUCGCAGAAUGAGGAAGAGAGUGCAGUUGAUGAAACCACUACUUUAGAUAAGCCAAUUGAAGCUGACUUAGACAGCAGUAUUAUAUUGCUGGAAAGCCCGGUGCAGUCAGCAGCUGAUGGCGAAUCUGAAGCUAUAGAAGAAGUCACAGAUGAAGUCACGCCUCCGGAAGAGGAGCAUAGUUUAAAGCAAGACACUGUAGCGAGCGAUAGCAGCGUUGAGCUCAUUGACAGUCCAAGCAAGGCGGCAGCAAAGGCAGCGUCAGAGAAAGAGGAAAUUAAAGAAUUGGAAAGAGUUGAAAUGGAAACGGAAGAUGUCAAAAGCGAUGACAGCGUAGAGCUGAUAAGCAGCACACAGGAGACAACUGAAGAGAAAGAAGAUGUUAGUGACAAAGAUCAGGUGACAGAAAAUAUAGCAAAAGACCCAGAACCAACUGAGGCAGAACAGAAAGCUGCUGAUGUUGACAGUGACAACAGCGUGGAGUUGAUUAGUAGUCCUCGAAAAAUUGCUAAAAUGGAGAUUGAUGAACAGCAAUCGGAUGCAGCCAUUACAGAGAUGGAUGAAAAUAAAGAAACAUCACAAGAAGAUGAAAAUCAAGAGCCGUCGAAAAUCGAGCCCAUGGACAUAUGUGAGCAGAGCAGUGAGAGCAAAGACAUAAAUCAAGAAGACAACUGCCUGUUAGAGCCUAACACAGCACCAAUAGAAGAAAAAGCAUGUGCGGCUGAUUUAAAUGAAGAUUAUGGGGUAUACUACAACAAGGAUUGUCUUAAUUGCAAUUGUGGCAGGCUGCAUAAGCAAUAUAUGCUGGCAACACUGGCCGUGCUGAACUUCUACAAGGUGCCCAGAAAGAUGCACAAGCGUCAAUAUGUGUGCAUGGGUUGCUUUGAUGCGGCAUUGGAUGUCUACGAGGAUUACGCUGGUUAUUUGCUAGCUAAGCAGCCGCUGCUGCUGCGCGAAUUUAAGCAGGAGAAUGCUGACUUUGUUGCCUUGGACAGCAGUGAAGAUGAGGAGACUGAUGACCAGCCGGAUAAAGGUGAAUUCUCUACAGAUGAUUUGGCAUUAAUUGAAGAAGAACUAGAGGCUGCCGUGAGCAAUGUAUUGGAGCGUGUGGGCAUGUCCGAUCAAAUGGCCUGGUCUCACACCAUAUUGCAAGCCAAAUCGGACCGCAUUGGACGUGACAUCGAGCUGGCUAAUGUAGAGUUGAGUAAACUGCAAAAUAUGGCCGACAAAAUGCACUUUGCGCUCUAUAAUUCCUGUCAGGUGGUGCACAAGCACAUGCCACCACUCGAUGUGUAUCACAAUAAUUCCGAUUUUGUACAAGUGCCGCCAGCGGGUGAAAUAGAGCGGCCACCCAUACAGCUCAAUGAGACUUAUUAUGCGGUCAAAAAUAAAGCAAUUGCCAGCUGGGUGUCAGUUAAAGUCGUCGAAUUCACGGAGAGCACUGCUGUGGGCGGCAACAUAAUGAAGAGCUACAAGAUACGUUAUUUGAAUUCGCCAUAUCAUAUGGUCAAGACCAUAACCGCCAAGCACUUGGCUUACUUUGAGCCGCCGCCAGUGCGUUUGACUAUAGGCACUCGCGUCAUUGCCUUCUUUGAUGGCAGCACCUUGUCGCGUGGCAAGGCCAUGGUGCAAAGCGCUUUCUAUCCCGGCAUAAUAGCCGAGCCUUUGAAGCAAGCCAAUGGUUUUCGUUAUCUCAUCUUCUAUGACGAUGGCUAUACACAGUAUGUGCAGCAUAAUGAUGUGCGCUUGGUUUGUCAGACGUCGGAGCGAGUCUGGGAGGAUGUGCAUCCGGGCUCACGUGAUUUUAUACAGAAAUAUAUAGAAAAGUAUUCGGUGAAUCGUCCAAUGGUGCAGUGCACGCGUGGGCAGAGCAUGAACACCGAGUCCAAUGGCACUUGGUUGUAUGCGCGCGUCAUGGACAUUGAUUGCAGCCUGGUGCUGAUGCAGUUCGAUGAUGAUAAGAACCACACCGAGUGGAUAUAUCGCGGCUCCUUGCGACUGGGUCCAGUUUUUAAGGAAACCCAAAAUGCGUUGAAUAGCGCCAAUGCCAUGCAACAACAUCGUCUGCGACGCACCAUACCCUUUAUACGCUACACCGAAGAAAUGGAAUCCAGCAGCCGUCAGGUGCAGCAGCAAAAACGCGACAAGGCGCGCAAGAGCAGCGCCGCACCUCAGCAGAUCGAGAUGCAGGCCCCAGCAAGCGACUCAUCUCCCUGUUCAUCUGCAGCCGCCGCAGCAGCUUCAGCAACUGGCAAAACUGUGCGACAUUUGAACAAUUCAACUAUUUAUGUGGACGAUGAGAAUCGGCCUAAGGGUAAUGUGGUCUAUUUUACCGCCAAGCGUAAUUUGCCACCCAAGAUGUACACGCCUCAUGAGUGCUGGCCAGGUUGUCUGUUCAAGAUUGUGCAUCGCCUGGAUAGCUAUAGUCCGCUGGCCAAGCCUUUGCUGUCGGGCUGGGAGCGUCUGGUGUUCAAGCAAAAGACCAAGCGUAAUGUAGUUUAUCGUGGACCCUGCGGCAAGAGUCUGCGCAAUCUGGACGAAGUGCACAGAUAUUUGCGUGCCACAGAAAAUGUGCUUAAUGUGGAGAACUUUGAUUUUACGCCGGAUCUUCGCUGCCUGGCAGAGUAUACCAUAGAUAAAAGAAUUGUCAAAGAGGCAGAUAUAUCCCAUGGUCAGGAAAAGAUGGCCAUACCCUUGGUCAACUAUUAUGACAACACGCUGCCUCCGCCUUGUACAUAUGCAAGCCAGCGCAUACCUACAGAGGGUGUUCACCUGAAUGUCGACGAGGAGUUCCUUGUAGGCUGUGACUGCGAGGAUGACUGCUCUGACAAGUCAAAGUGCGCCUGCUGGCAGCUGACUGUGGCCGGCGUUAGAUAUUGUAAUCCCAACAAGCCAAUUGAGGAGAUUGGUUACCAAUACAAGCGUCUGCAUGAACAUGUGCCCACUGGCAUCUACGAGUGCAACUCACGCUGCAAAUGCAAGCAGAAUUGUCUAAACCGCGUCGUUCAACACUCGCUGGAGAUGAAACUGCAAGUGUUUAAGACCUCGAAUCGUGGCUGGGGUCUACGCUGUGUCAACGAUAUACCCAAGGGUGCCUUUAUCUGCAUCUAUGCCGGGCAUUUGCUGACGGAAACUAAGGCGAAUGAGGGUGGCUUGGAUGCGGGUGAUGAGUACUUUGCGGACCUGGAUUACAUUGAAGUGGCUGAGCAGCUUAAAGAAGGUUACGAGUCGGAUGUAGAGCAUUCGCCCGCAGAGGAGGAUGAGGAGCCUUAUGUGCCAGAUCCAGAGGAUGAUGAUGAUGAGUUUACGCCAAAAAAGUAUUACCAGCCACGCAAAAAGGAUAAGCUGAUGCGUGUUUCCCGCAGAAAUUCCAAUCCAGUCAAUGUACAAGAUUCUCAAGAGCGCGCUGUUAUCAACUUUAAUCCCAAUGCGGAUAUGGAUGAAACAGUACGCGAGAAUUCAGUACGUCGGCUUUUUGGCAAAGAGGAGGCGCCCUACAUUAUGGAUGCAAAAACUACCGGAAAUUUGGGACGUUAUUUUAAUCAUUCAUGUGCACCCAAUUUGUUUGUGCAAAAUGUUUUUGUUGACACGCAUGAUCUGCGCUUCCCUUGGGUCGCAUUCUUCUCGGCUAAUCACAUAAGAUCUGGUACCGAACUGACAUGGAAUUAUAACUAUGAAGUGGGCGUGGUGGCUGGCAAGGUGCUCUAUUGUCAAUGCGGCGCCGCUAAUUGUCGCAUACGUUUGCUCUAAAUUGUAAUUGUAAAGCUUAAAGCAUGCACAAACCUUUAAAUCGUAUU